CAAACCCUUCCGCUCUUCACUUUUUACUUCUCUGCUAAGGUUAAGUCCCCAAUCAGUUCGUUUCUUUCUCUGCCAUGGAUUCUCGUCUUCCAAUCGUCGUCCUCCCACUCGUGCUUGCCUUCAUUAUCGUUGUUCAUCCAUUACAGAAGCAUGUAGCGUUUGGGGAGCUCAUCCUCGAGGAUGGCUAUACAGUCAGCACAGUUGUUGUUGGUGACAAGUCAAGCUUGAAAGUCAAGCCUCACUCCAUCCUCCCUCAAUCUCCGCCGUCGGAUCUAUUUGUGCUUCUUGACUCCGUUGAUAGUAGUUUCUACACUGUAUCAGCUCCUGCAGCCUCCACCGAAAUUCAUAUCGAGAGGCUGGCAGGGAAUGGCAAGCCUGGUUAUGCAGAUGGAGACCUCGGUUCAGCAACAUUCAACAAGCCAAAGAGUUUCGCCAUUGAUUUUGGUGGGAAUGUGUAUGUUGCCGAUCAGGCUAACCAUGCUAUCAGAAAGAUCACAAAAUCAGGUGUGACCACAAUUGCUGGAGGUUAUUCCCAAAAACUUGGGAGGGAAGAUGGACCUGCACAAAAUGCAUCAUUUUCGAAUGAGUUUCUGCUGUCAUUCUUUCCUGAAAGGUGUGCUUUGAUGAUAGCUGACCAUGGUAACAGAUUAGUUCGUCAAAUCAAUUUAAAACCAGCAGAUUGUACACUUCACUCCGGAGGAGGAUCGGUUCUUGGAACCAACUCUGUUUGGAUCUUGGCUCUGGGAAUUUCUUGCAUAUUCGGCGCAAUCGUUGGCUUUGUGAUCCGCCCAUACAUCAUCCCAUUUGAAGGGACCGUGCCUCGUCAUCGUCCCAGCUCGACAUGGACUCAUUCCCUAACGACUCUGGAGAGACAAAUAACGAUGUUUUGCUCCGCCAUCAAAAGCGCAGCUGUUAGAACACCUGUUUAUUCUCUUCUUCGUCAGGUCAUUCUACUAAUCUUCUCUCUUUUGUCUCUCAUGUUUAGUCCUUCUAAGGUUAAGCCAUCCCCGCCGUAUGAAAAACCAGUAUCUCUAUUAGAUUCGGAUGCUAUAAUUCCUAAUAGUAGCAAUAGUAAUGGUAACUCCAUGGUCGUCUCACCCAAGAUAGACUAUCAAUUAAAGGAUCUGCUCGAUUUCAACGGAGGGCAGAUGAUGGUACCCGUAAAUUCUAACCAAGCUCUCGAGCAAGAACAGGUUAAAGAAAACAGCGAGCGUAGCAACAUUGACAGCAUCAUAUUAGCAAACCUCGUGAAUUUCGACGAGCAGGCUUCUUUCAAUUCCCCCGAGCCUUCGGAACAUAGCUCGGGAACGGUGAAGCGGAGGUCGUCGACGACGACGAUGCGCUACACGUCAGCAGCAUUUUCAGUAUAUAUUUGUGUCCUUAGGACAUUGCUUGGUCACGUGCGCACGUGCCCAACGUUACACUAAAGAACAAAUCCAGCUACUAGAGAAAUCUGCAGCAGACAUUCUUGCAAAGUAGAACCUUGCAAGUUGCAAAUAGCUAAUAAAUCAAUAAUGAUAAUAAUAAUAAUCUCUAUACUGUACCCACCCCAUCU